AGCAUGUCUUGUGUUGAGAAGUAUAAGAUAGCAGUUGUGCAGUAAAACUCUCUUGUUGUCACUGCGUGAGCAAGGGAUCAUAGAGUGAGUGAAACAAAGAGAGCCUUCCAAUCUUUUGGUUGUAAUCCAAGGAUAUGGCACUUCACCACACUUUGACUUUGGCCUUUGGCCUCUUAGGCAAUAUCAUCUCCCUUUUGGUCUUUCUUGCUCCAGUGCCAACUUUUUAUACAGUUUACAAGAAAAAAACAACUGAAGGGUUUCAAGCACUUCCAUAUGUAAUUGGGCUCUUGAGUUCAAUGAUGUACAUAUACUAUGCCCUCCUUAAGGAAGAGCUGAAAGAGGAUGCCACUCUUGUCCUCACAAUCAACUCGGUUGGCUGCGUCAUAGAGACUAUUUACAUUUCCCUCUUCCUUUUCUAUGCCCCUAAGAAGGCCAGGAUCUCAACCGCGAUGCUUCUGUUCUUGCUGAACCUUUUCAGUUACGGCAUGAUGGUUGUUUUGACUCGCUUUCUAGCCACAGGUGAAACACGUUUUAAGAUUGUGGCAUGGAUUUGUCUUGUGUUCAGCCUAAGCGUAUUUGUCGCACCUCUUGGUGUCCUGAGACAAGUAAUACGGACCAAGAGUGUUGAGUUCAUGCCAUUUCCGUUAUCAUUUUUCCUAACAUUAGGUGCAGUCGCAUGGUUCUUCUAUGGUUUUCUGAUCAAGGACUACUACAUAGCUUUUCCAAACAUGCUGGGCUUCCUCUUCGGGGUUGUUCAAAUGGUGGUUUACGUAGUCUACAAGAAUGCAAAGAAAUUCCUGGAAGAUCAGCCAAAAGUUCAAGAAUUAUCGGAGCACAUUAUUGAUGUGAUGAAGAUCAAUACUUUGGUGUGUCCGGAACUGAGUCCUGCAGUGAUUCUGAAUCCAACUGUGGACAUUACAAAUGACAUGAUUGAAGUGGUUCAAAAUAUAAUUGUCAUGGCUGAAAACACAGAAAAAACCAAGGAAGCUGCCAUUGAUGAUGAUUUCUCCACCAAAGUUUGAACCCAAAAUUGAAGGGACGUGCACAUGUUAUAAGGUUUUUAAGUCUUCAAGAUAAGCAUAGUUCCUUCUGUUUUAAGUUUGCCCUAAUUGAAGUUUAAUUUGUGUGUUGGUUUAAUUAACUGUGCUCUAAGGCGUAGGAGCCAUGGGCGUAUCUGUGUUAUGUAUCCCCCUCUAAUCUCCCAGUCUUUCAGUAUCUCUGUUCCCUUAAAGCUCUGUAGCUAUCUGAUGUAGCUAGCUUUGUAUUAGCUUUAAAUUAAUUGAGCUUAUUUCAAUUAAUGUAUUAAGGAGAUAUUAUUACUAGUUAACUA